AUGGGUAUAUCUAAUUGUAAGCAUUUGAGAUUCUGUGGUCUCCAUUUGAAUUCUCUGGCCAGCAAAUGUGUGGCACUGGUGGUCAUUGCUUUGGUUCUUAGAGCAGUUUUUCUUCCCAUGUUUAACAAGAACCUAUUUGCAUUUGACAAUGGACCAUCCACAUUGAAACGAGAAUUUCGUAUUGAAAAGACAAAGUUUUUGGAGGUUCCUCAAAUCAUUUGGGGGUUAAACAAUCAGAAAAUUGCAUUUGCAAGAGCUGCAUUAACCGCAAGAAUGCUGAAUAGAGCACUUUUGAUGCCUAGCAUGAGCGCGUCACUAUUUUAUAAAGAAGUUGAUUUGCUGCAACCUAUUUCAUUCGAUAAGGUUUUCCAAUUCGAAAAAUUUAACUCUCUUUGUAAGGGGUUUGUCCAAUUGGGUCGUUAUUCGGAGGUUUCCAACCACAGUGAUGUUUUCAAACUUCAAAAGAGGAGCGGAAGGAGGUGGACAGUUGAGAAAGAUUUAGAUCAGUUAGGACAGUUUAGCAACAAUCCAUAUCACAGGUAUGAGAUCAUUCAGAUUGUUGGCAAGAACCCAUUUUUGUGGCAUGAUCAUUGGCCAGUUAAAGACUACGCGAAGAUCUUUGAAUGCCUAGUUUUGGUGGAAGAAAUAUCAAGAGAAGCUGAUAAGAUUGUUUCCAAGAUUAGAGAGAUUGGGUCGAAAGAAAUCCGUAAAGUCGGGCCGUCCCAAAAUGUUGUUGAUUCAGUGCCUUAUGUAGCAGUCCACAUGAGAAUAGAAAGGGAUUGGAUGAUUCACUGCAAGAAGCUGGAACAAAGAUCAAAUAUAAGUGAAAUUUGUAGCAGUAAGGAGGAGAUUUUGGAGAGAGUGGGAAAUAUUGUCGGCCUGAAAACUCCGGCUGUAAUUUACCUAGCUGUGGCUGAUACCCUUCUUGAAGAUGACUCUAUACUAACUGGUUGGAAGGAGGGAUUGCUUCCUCUUGAGAAGAAAAAGUUAGGCGUUGUCGAAGUUUACGAGAAGCACCCGUAUCUCAUUCAAUCAGCCAUUGAUUAUGAAGUUUGCUUGAGAUCUGAUGUGUUUGUUGGGAACAGUUUUUCCACAUUUUCCAGCCUUGCUGUUCUUGAUAGAACCCAGAAGAUGAUCAAAAUGGGUGCUAGGAAUAUCUGUGGCAUGGAAGCUAAAUGGCCUUCUUAUUCAUACAAUUUACAUGGGGAAUCAAGAGGGCCCCGUCCUUGGGCGACGAAUAUGUCUGAUCUUAAUCUGCAAGCAAUUAGUUAUGGCGGUAAGUUCAUAGUGGCAGAUGACGGAGGAGGGCCAGCCGAGGCUGCAAAUGGCUUGCCGCGGCUGCCCAAUGCUAUUGGGCUACCAGGCCACGGCAUGCAGGGAAAUCUGCAUGCUGCCGCCCCUGUGAACUUCAUGCUUAAACCCGUUUGUGGACCACUUUUCACUCCAAUUCGAUUGUGUAAUUAUUUAUUUGAAUGGUUGUGA